GAGAAUUAACAGCGGUCAGGUGAGGUGAGCAGGCAGAAAACCACACUGCACAACUCUUGCAGAUUUACAGGUAUAAUCAAAAUACAUCUUUUCAUAGAGAUAAAUCACGACUACAUCCCGUAAUUUACUCGUCUAAGUAAUUAGAGCAUUGCUGCUCGCUCAGAUUCUCAUUGUUGAAACUUGUACAUCAGCAUGGAGUUGCACUUGUUGUCCGUUAACGUUAGCCGCUGGACUGUCAAUGAGGUGGAACCAUGUGCUAGUUUCACACAGUCCCGACCAUUAGAGAGGCACUGAGCAAUCGUUAACAUUAAAAACGGGCGCUGUAAUGGUCGCUGCUCACCGUUUAAACAUGUUUGCCAUGAUAGACGUUACAGUAGCCUACAACAUUUACUGCUCGGUACUAUUUAUGCGUUUUAUGUCACCAAUGUUCAAUGUUUAUUCUUUUUGCGUGAUUUAUACAAGUGAAACGUCAAGUUAGUCACAUUAGCUGUUAAUAUAUUCACUGUAUAACGUCCCUAGCUACACUAUUGUUAUUUUUAUGAACUCCACCUGAGAAAUUACUGUAAAAUAACGUAACCCACUGGCUAAUUAAAUCCAUGCCAUGGUUCUCAAACUGUAGUACCAGCUUUCUCUGGUGGUACUUGGAGGAAAAAUCAGAAAUACUGUUCAUCUCUAUGUGAUCGUAGUGGAGCUGAGGGAUUUUGACCAGAGUGCGUAGAAAAUGAAACAAAUAAUAACCUGUUACUCCAUUUUAAUCUUAUUGGGAAUAAAUUGGCCUCUUGUGAAAAGUCUGUAGUUGUCUUUGCUCAGCCUAUUUAUGCCACUAUAUUUUAACAUUGGUGAUAAUGAUGUUACUUUGAGAGCUAAAAAGUUGUAUACCUGCUAUCAAUUGGCCAAAUGAUUUUAACCAUGAUGUCUAAGGCUGCAACAACUAAUUAAUGAGUCAACUUCAAAAUAAUAUUAUUAGUUAUUUCUGAAAUGUGACUAUGUUCUGGUUUGUUGGCAUCCCUGUGACGGUAAACUUUCAUUCUGAGAAUUAGGAAAUUUGACAUUUCUUCGCCAGUUUCUGACAUUUCCUUCACCAAAUGACCAAAUGAUUAAUCAAAGAAAUAAUCAACAGAUAAAUCAAUGAUCAAAUCAAUCAUUGGUUUCAACCCUAUUGAUAGUAAAUAGUUGUUCCUAGACGUUUCUGCAAAAACGUUGAAAUUAGAAUGGAGGUAUCAAGGAGAAGAUCCCUUCAAAAGCACCUGGAACCUGCUCGACCCCUACGCCGCAUCGUCCACAUUGACUCUGAGCCCAAAAUAGAUGCUGCUACAUGUGCACAAGCUCUGGAGGACCGCUGGAUUCCUCAGACCAAUAUUGGUGUCGAGCAGUUCUUCAAGAUUUUCAGCCUCCAAAAACCGAAAAAAGUGGGCAGACUAUGCUACACAAGAGAAUUUUUAGUUGGAUUGGCGACUUGUCCUCAGGCCAUGAAGAAGCCAGAAUUCUUGCCGGAGCACCCUGUGGUCUUGACUUGGGCAAGAGAGCCUGGGGACGACCUCAUCAUGUGAAGUGGAGAGGAGGACAAGAACAAAGUGUUCCCCGCUGUCGCCACCACAUGCAAAGAAGUUGUCAAGAGUGUCGUGGAAAAAAACGCACACAGCAUGAUCGGUGCGAGCCUGUCGAAACACUAAAGUGGAUCGCAGUGACCAGGACGCCUGAUUCCCAUCUCCUCAUAGCUACAUGUUUUUUGGAAAUGAACAGCUGCAUCCCACUUGCAAAGAUCACAUAUAAUCUAAGAGAUUAAAAUAAUAGCAUACCCUUCUGAAGAUUUGGCAGCUGUACUUGUAGAUUUGUCUUAUUGUAUAUAAAAAUGUUACUGAUG